CCAAGUUCGGUGCUGUCCCACCUACGCGCUCCUCUUCCACAAAGCUACUAUCACUACCACGACAACAACAACAGCAGCACCAUGACGCAAUUACCAAGCCUGAUACCCCCGUUUCGCUAUGCCAUGGUUGAGGAAUACUUAUUCCGAGGUGGUUACCCGAAGCCGCGUAAUCUGCGAUUCAUCAAGAGAUUACGUUUAAAAACGAUACUGUCGCUCACCCCUAAUCCACUCAAGCCUGAAACUCAAGAGUUUUGUGCACAGCAUAGUAUCGUUUUAAUACAUAUCCAGGUGGAUAAAAUGAAGGAGGAUAAUAUUCCGUUGAGCUACAACAAGACAUUGAUGGCACUUCAGAUUCUCAUUGAUCCUGCAAAUCAUCCACUAUAUCUGCACUGUCUGGACGGAGCAGAUGUGACAGGAUUGGUGGUAGCAUGUCUGCGCAAACUUCAAAUGUGGAGUACUUCUAGUGCCAUGAGCGAACUUUCGAGAUAUUUACAUACCAAUGUCAUAGCACCGGAAGAGUUUGAGUUUGUGGAAAACUUUAAAAACUUCGAAGUGACUAUACCUUCUGUAAUACCCACCUGGCUUUGGGGCGGCCAAGUCUCGUUCCGCAAGCAUUCAUGCCUUCGUCUCAAGUUCUUGAACCCUGAAAUGAUGACCGAAGAAGAGCGUGAAAUCAAGGACAGGAAAGAAAAAUUGGAAAAGGAAAAGGAAGAUGAUUAUCAACGCCGAAAAAACGAUCUGUUGGACAAUCUAUUGGACACCGGUGAUGGACGACACCGAUCUGGAUCACAUUACGAUGGCAGUAAGGAUAGUCCAGAUAUCAUUCCUGGCGCGUCAUUAUCGAGCAACAAGCCGCCAUCAUUGGCAGGAUCCGAUGAUGUAGGCUUUGUACCGUCAUCGCGAUUAAACUCGUCAACAGAACGGCGGGAAAGCAAGGACACAGGCAGUCCAAGCAGAGAUCGAUACUUAGUUGAUGUAGACGUCGAUGUUGACCGGGUAAUGAUGGAUGGGUUGGAUCAGGUAGAAUAUUACAAUCGCUUCGGCCAACAUUCAGACGAUGAACAGGAUGGACACGAUCCAAGUGGCAGCUUAAUGCUAGACGAGGAAACGGGUGAAACCGAAGUCAUUAGUAGAACUUUGGAUGCAUUGGCACUAGAAGGAUUGUAAGAUAUGACAGCCUUUUUGAAAAGGGAAGACAAGGACGAGAAAGUCAUUUUACUGUAAAUAUUGAUAAUGAUGAAAUUAAUAGUAUUACGCAUAUACACAUUCUGGUAAUACACUGGAUCAUAACAUAGCUGACAGAAGCCAUUCUGAGGGUUCACUGCUUGUUUUGACCAAGAUCUUGGAUAUGUGUUACACUGCAUAUUUGUUUGCCAAAGAAUGACAGGGAGGUUUGUCGUCUUAUACAUACUACGCACAUAUACAUAGCAUUGCCACUCUCAACUUUUCCAUGUAUACAAAUUACAAUGCAAGCAUGGCAAGUAUUCUUGGCUGCAUAUCAGGACUUCAGACAAG